AUGCAUCUGGGUAAAGCUCUACUGUUCGUCCUCCUCCUUAACUGCGCCACUCUGAGCUCUCCGCUGUCCACUUGCGCCACCGUGGACAUCGACCAUGUGAAGAGGAAGAGGGUCGAAGCGAUACGGGGUCAGAUCCUGAGUAAACUUCGUCUGACGAGUCCGCCGCACUCCCUGGGACCGACCAACAUACCCUAUCAGAUCCAGGCGUUAUAUAACAGCACGAAGGAGCUUCUGGAGCAGCUGGGCAGGGAACGGAAGCAGACCUGCGGCCAGGACAACACAGAGACAGAGUACAUCGCCAAAGAGAUAUACAAAAUUAACAUGGUGUAUGGAACGCCAGACAACAAUGAUCUGCCCUACUGCUCUAAAAGCAUGACUUCUAAAUUUUUCCGCUUCGAUGUCUCUCGAAUGGAAAGGAACUCAUCCAACCUCUUCAGGGCAGAGUUUCGAGCCCUGAGGGUACCAAACCCCAGUGCCAAGAGGAACGAACAGCGGCUUGAGCUCUACCAGACCAUGAGACUAAACGAGCACAUAAGGAAGCAGCGCUUGAUUGGAGCAAAAAAUGUGCAAACCAAAGGCUCUCCUGAGUGGAUCACCUUCGAUGUGACUGAAACUGUGCGGGAAUGGCUGAUAAACAGAGGAUCUAAUCUGGGUUUGGAAAUCAGUGUGCAUUGUCCCUGCCAGGCCUACAGUUCAAACGGUGACAUCGACAAUGAAAAUGAAGUUCUGGAGGUUAAAUUUAGAGGUGUUGAUGGAGAUGAGGAGCAGAUUCGCCUUGAUCUGGAUAGCCUGAAGAAAAAUAAGGAGCAAUACCUUCCUCACCUUAUCCUCAUGAUGAUCCCACCCCACCGCCUGGAUACUCACCCCUCACGCCGACACAAGAGAGCGCUGGACACAAACUACUGCUUCUCAAACACGGAGGAGAGCUGUUGCGUUCGCAGGCUCCACAUAGAUUUUCGCCGUGAUCUGGACUGGAAGUGGAUCCAUGAGCCGAGUGGCUACGAUGCCAACUACUGCUCUGGGCCCUGCCCUUACCUGAGGAGCUCGGACACAACACAUAGCUCGCUGCUGAGCCUUUACAACACUCUGAAUCCAGAGGCCUCCGCCGCCCCCUGCUGCGUCCCUCAGGACCUGGCGCCCCUCACUAUACUCUACUAUUCUGGACGGACCCCUAAGGUGGAGCAGCUCUCCAACAUGAUUGUCAAGUCUUGCAAAUGUAGCUGAGAUGACAUGACAGACUUUGACACUAGGUAGAGGACAAAACCUUCUAGACCAAGAGCUGUGAUGAAUACUUAAAUGACCCUGUGGCCUGCGUCUUUGCUCUGUUUUAAACUGAACCGUUUUUUGUCGUUGUUGUUGUUCCUUGUUAUUUUUGCUGUUACAAAGCCACUUUUAAGAGGCAAGCUAAUUUUAAACUAUCCAAACUUAACUCCAGCUGAAUGAAAUUCAUUUUAUGGUUUAUCUUUUGACCUCCAAACAAAAUUGUCAGUAGUGCAGCUUUCUCAUUUCUGUCCUAAAUAUUAAAUCUGCUCCCCUCAAUGGAUGAAUUUCGUUCUGGCUAGUGAUUUUGUUUAAACUUUCCUUAAGUUCCCUUCCCUGUAGACAGUGGGCAUUAUCUUCAAACACAAAAGGAGAAAGGACAGACUUGUUGCUGUAUCCAAAACCAUAGCUGUGGUCUGGGGAAAGGAGAGCUGAGUGAGAAUGCCUGUUGGAUUUGCAAUGGAAAGGCAAUGAAGAAAGAAAUGGAGCCAAGCUUUUCUCUUUUGGCCAGCCAACAGCGGUGGCCCUUUUAUUUUCUGUGCAUCUAUUAGAGCGGAUGGACAGAGAAGAAGAAAAGGGAACCUGAAUUGCAGGAAAGGAUUGUGUUGGAAUCUAGCCACGAGUGUGCUGCCAUUCACUGGAUGUUUUCAUUCCUCACAGGUUCAAAUUAUUAUUUUUUUCUCCUUGAACAUCAAAGAAUUUACUGGAAUAGAGCAAGUGUUAUGCAACAAGUUUUUAUGAGAUUUCUUUUACAUUAAUAGCAGAUUUAGUCUGUUAUGUAACUUGUCAUAUAGUGAUUGUUUCACUAACAGCAGGGAAUUGACCCUUAUCGUCAUUAUCCUCAAUGAAAGCCAUUUUAUGCUGUUCUAAACCUAGGGUACUGUUACAAUGUAAUUUAAAAAUAAUGUGCAACCUUUGUAUUUGUGUUAUAUUAGCUUAACCUGUUGUUUUAGACUCAGUAUGUUUCUGUCUGAUGCUGUUUAUUAGAGGUAUACAGAAAGUGAAAUCCCUGCACUUUUGUUGCAGCAAUACAAGGAAAUGUAAGUAUGUAGCUGAGAAAGUGCAAGGUGUAGAAAUAAAAACCAAAGCCACAUAAAUAUGUUGACAUUUUUUAAUAUGGGAGGGAAUGAUUGUACGAUUGGUGGGGAUACAGUUGACUUCAUUCCAAAGUUGAUUUAGAAAGAAGGAUGCAUGCUGCCUGCUAGAACUAAAGUUAUUUGAAAUUUUCUAGAAGGAACUUAAGAUUUUUAUAUCUUCUUACAAUAAAAUCUUCUAGAUAAAUUAGAAAAAGAGCUGUUUGUCUUUGUAUCUCCAAAUACCUAGUAGAGCAGUAAGAAAGUUACCUAUCAGAAAACAGAAAACUUAAAUAAGGCAUUAUAUUGAUUAAAGAAAUAGUUUAUCUAAAUCUAUAUACAGAUUGGUGUUUAACUUAAUAAUGAAGAAGAAAAACUUUGGUAGUUUAUUAAAACCCUUUAUUGUAGCUCUAACAAGUUUUCUUUUUAUAUAAGGUCUAUUAUUCAUACCAUUGUGUGUAGUCAAGCAGUCGGAGCUCUGCAGUAAAACUGGGUUUUUUUUUUUAAACAAAUACAAAAAGAUUGAACAGAUUUCAUUUUUAUCUGUUUUAUUGUCUUAUAAAAGCCAUUUGCAGAGUUAGCAUUGAUAACUGUUAACAUUGUUGGCAGGUAUUUCAUCCAGGGCUAGUAGACCUUUAACCUUCCCUCUGUAAUUACUAAACCAAGCAGCUCUUUCCCAUAAGAAAUAAAAAGGAAUCUAAAAAGGAUUGGAUUCAGAAAGACUGCUGUAAAAUAUGUUUAGUUUUUUAAUUUCCUGCUCGAGUGUCACUUUCUUUAGAAAUGGCCUGAAUAAGCCAGACACAUUUCCAUAGAAAUAAUAAUAAAUUUUAAGGUGCUUGCUGCAGCUUUUGUGUUCUAUUUAAGUACAAAUGUAAAUUACAUUUAUUUAUAAAGCACAAAUAAAAAAGAAAAAAAACAGCAGGUUUGUCUAAAAUGCAGUAAGUUAGUGACUGAUGAGCAGAGGUGUCAAGAGUUAACAAAGUAAUAAUUCAUGUUACUUAGGUAAAACUGUUGGCUAUCUAUACUUUACUGGAGUAAUUAUUUUUUAGACAACUUUUUACAUCUAGUCCUUAUAUAUAUAUAUAUAUAUUUUUUUUUUGCAAUCUCUAUUUUCUAUUUCUUACCUUUUAAAAAUAGACUUGUUUGUUUUGUUUAUUGAAGUUCCUUUCUGUUAUGGCCUGUUGAUAUUUAAAAAAAAUAAAACCAUCCUAAUCAUUUGUUUUAUCCAGACUAUUUCUUUGUCUGGAAUUUGUUAUUUGUGACAUCCCAAAAUAAAUAGUUUUUAGGAGGAUGCAAAAUUAAAUUUGAUGCUGUUACCAUUAGUUAUAAAUCUAACAAAAUGAAAUAUAAGGAAGUUAUCAUCCAGCAAUAUUAGAAAUAUUAUUUUUCUUGCAUUACAUUUACCUGUAUACUUAAGUUGUCAUAAAAAUGGUACUUUUACACUUUUACUUGAGUAAAAGCAUACAUUGAUACUUCUACAAAAGUGUUUUGGAACAGCAGGAUUUAUACUUCUUGAGUAAUAAACAUGAAUAAUGGUGGGAUCUCUGCUGAUGAGACAAGAAAUGCCCCCUGCCAUCUGUGCUUUAUUUAAUGUGUGUACUUUUACAAAAUUGUUUUCUGAUUACUUUAUAGGUGGUUUCUGAGCUAUUGUCUUACUGCCGGCUUAAAAAAAAAAAAAACACAAAAACAUCCACAAGAAAAAUUUAUUGUUAUUUCCACCUUAGAUUUUUUGAAAGGUUAAAGCAUAUAAUUUUCAAUUUUGCCUUCAUAGAGAGGUUACAUUUGUGUUUUAGAUUUCUAAGAUCCUAUGAUAAGGACUUUCUCCAACCUUUUGGUUUUGAACUGGAUCUCUGUUCCUAAACAGAAGAGGCACAUUUCACGUCCAUGUCUAACAUUCAAUCGGCUAAGAAAACAAAUUUCUAUUUUUAUUUCUGCAGCUGGCUCUUGCUGAGUUCCCUAAUGUGUAAUUUAAAACCUCGCUGCUUAAACUUUUCUUUUUUUUUUCUUCUUUUCUACUGAUUUUUCAAAACACUCACCUGUCACAGUUCACACCAGUCACAGUACAAUGAGGGCUGUUAGCAAAACACUGCAGUCUCUGUUUGUUUCAGUACAGCAUGAGGCCUGAAUGGAAGAAAACAGCAAGCGAAGUGAAAAAAUCCUAAUCUGAUGGUGGCUACAUGUAAAUUUAGACCUUCUGAAUACCUAUACUGUUUGACGUUUUCCAUGUCAGAGUCUAUCCUUUAAGAUAAUGUGUUUGGCAGUGAUGCUGUUCGAUGAAGUCUGUUAUUAAAUAUACAACAUGUUAAACCAUGAAAGCCCUUUUUCUGCUGUGGAUUAAAAUGUUCACUAAGCGCUUUGCCUUUUCUAUUGCAGAGCUGUGAAAACACUUAACUUCAGAUGAGAAAAAGAGUAAUUCAUCCGUUGGUUCAGUCUGCCGCAUUGAAAUGCCAUUUAAGAUGCCAUUUUCUCAUAAGUAAGAAAAACAUGAUUUUUCUUGAAUCUCACCAACCUCACCUGUUUCCUGCAAGCACAUGCUUGUAUUUUUUUCUGCUUCAUGCUGGAGUAAUAAAUUCAAGAGCUCUUUUUCAGAGAUUUAUGCCUAACAGCUUUCCCAGGCGACACACUAUUACUCUUAUUU